UAGUUAAGUUCCCGUCGUAAGCGGUGUGCAGUUUUCCAUAAAUAUAAGUUUUUUUUUGAGGAAGUUUUUCGCAACAAUAUAGCCCAGUGAAGAAAAACAGAGGGGGGAAUAGUUUGUUUGAUCAAGUCAUUAUUUAGGGGAACGAAGUAUAUUUUUUGUUCUAUUGCGCCGGUUUGUCUUGGUUUAUAGUGGCGCUUGCGAAAUUGUUGUGAAUUCGGAAUAUACUCGUAUUAUUUAUUUGGAGCGGAGUUGUUUUUGUGAAUCGCUUGUGGAUUUUAUCGAACCAUCGCAGAAUAAUUCAUCGAGAUCGAUGUUUUCCCAUCAUCUCAAGGCACUAGGGUAAUCCAAACCGUCAUCAUCAUCAUCAUCAUCGUCGGUACCGACAUUUUUUCUACACUUAAGAGAGACGACGAUUGAGAGAAGACAGAGCCAGCCGGAGAGUAAGAAGGAAGGAGUGCAACUUGUCACUAACCCUAAGCACUUCAGUCCGAUUCUGGCAUUCAGUUUUGUAAACACAACUGUGCUGCAAGCUUGUACAUAUUGCUAUAUUGUCGCUGCACCUCGGCGGAAAACCCCAACAAAGCCGGAGCAGUAAAAUCAGUCUUCGGAGAGCAGCCGUGGCAUCGCUAUCAUCGUUCGUUCGUCUGUUGAUUUCGCUUUUCGAUCGUUGUACCGCAGCUUCGCUUUCGGCCGCGUUCAGAAAAAUGACUGCGCAAGUUCAAUCAAUGCCACGGGAUUACACCGAUAACAAGGUGAAAGAUGAGUCCCCGUACGGAUUAACAACGGGUGCCUCGCUGUCGUAUCAUAUGGAGGUCUCUCGGUUGGAAUCGUUUCGGAAUUGGUCCGUGCCGUUCAUCAGCAAGAUCGAGUUGGCCCGCUAUGGAUUCUACUUUGUCGGUCCGAACGAUAUGGUUAAGUGCUAUUUUUGUCGGGUGGAGAUUGGACUCUGGGAGCCGAACGAUAAUGUUCUCUCGGAGCAUCUGAGAUGGUCUCCGUACUGUCCGCUGCUACGCAAGCGCCAAACUAACAACGUGCCGAUCGAUGGAUGUUUUUUGGAUCAACUCCCGGAGCCAAGCUACGAUACUUGCGGAAUACGAAUCAGGGAGCAUUCCGUGGCGGAAAAUGGAUACUCGUCGUCCGAUAGGAGCAGCAAUGGUUCCAUGACGUCCCCACCGAGCUCGCUGACUUCCGAAUCGAGUAUGAUGUCACACGCAUCGGCUGAUGAACUGCAGCAACAGCAGUCGCUAUUCGAACAUCAUCAACAACAUCAGCAGCAGCACAAACUUCCGGAAUAUCCUAAUUACGCGAUCGAAGCAAAGCGUUUUCAAAGCUACGAGGAUUGGCCGAAGUUUAUGAAACAAAAACCCAAGGAGCUCAGUGAUGCCGGAUUUUUCUACACCGGCAAGAGCGAUCGAGUCAAGUGCUUCAGCUGCGGCGGUGGCCUGAAGGACUGGGAGGCCGAGGACGAACCUUGGGAACAGCAUGCCAUGUGGUAUAGCAACUGUGAGUACCUGAAAUUGAUGAAGGGCGAAGAAUAUAUUGCCCAGUGUUUGGAGAAAAAAGAGAACCCACCGGCAGCUGUCGAACAGCCGCAAUCCUCUGUGAGUGCCGGAACUUCGUCUUGUUCGCCACAGCCCUCAAUAUCUGGCGCAUCUUCCCCGGCAGCAGCCACCACCGCGCUUACUUCUGCUUCUGUGUUACAACUAUCACCGUCAAGUUUAAGCAGCUCCCUAAUGGAGGAUGUCAAACCCAGUGGCAUGUCAGUCUGUAACGGACAUUCUCCGUCUUCCUCGGUCAGCAGCAGUAGUGGUCUGGAGGAAGAUGAAGAUGAACCAAACCGCAAAUCGGACACGAAUCGAACGUGCAAAAUUUGCUACGUCAAUGAGUACAAUACGGCCUUCUCGCCCUGUGGACACGUGGUGGCAUGUGCGAAGUGUGCCUCGUCCGUCACCAAGUGCCCGCUGUGUCGGAAACCCUUUACCAAUGUAAUGAGGAUCUACCUGAUGUGAAGAGGGCGGAUCCUGGCCGAGACCUAAUUCAAAUAAAUUAAUCCGUGUGCGCCUAAAGCGUUCCUGUAUAUGUUCUUUCUUCGGCUGAAAAUUUGUUGAAUGUAGGACAUCAUUCCUCUGCUCGCAUCAGGGCCGGAUCUGUGACUCCGGUCCUUGGGAUUUAUUUUGCUGAAUCGAAUAACAAGAAGAUCGAUUUGCACAAACCUCUUUCUCCAAGGGAAACAUGCAAAAUAUACACAGCAGACGACAACAAACAAAGAUCGUAACCUUCCCCGACAUUGGUUCAAGCGCGAGGGAAAACACUUUAUGUGUGAUUGAGAGAAAGAAAGAUAGAAAGAGAAGAAUUACACUAGUUAUUAACCAGUAGGUACUACAACUAAUUUUUACGCUUUUUUCCGAAUGUGAAAACUAAAUUUGUGUAAAUAUUCAAUAACGCGAUAUACCAGAACAUGUGAAUAAAAAAAAUCGUAAAAUCGAAACAAACGAUCCGUGAAUUUA